CGUUCGUGUGACGUCACUGGCCGGCGCCGGGUUUCAGUUUCGGUUCUCAACUGUCAGUUAGCGGAGGCUCCAGACUUGUGGCCUCCAGAACGUUAGCCGGCACCGUGCUCCCCUGCUUGGUGCUGCCCGGGCCCUGGCUCCGCGGCCCCGCUACCAACAGCAUGUCCCGGGACGGUGGUGAGGACGGGUGGACGUCCGAGUAUGACUCUACCUGGGAGGACGAGGAGGAGAACGGAAGAGGGGAGGAAGAAGGUCGGGAGCGGAGGACUCAGCGCCGGCCUACGUAUUCUCGACGGUGGCGGAACAGAGCGGCCAGAGACCUGCAGUGCUAUAGGCAUGGCUACAGGGGGGAAAACGCCAGCGAUCAGUCUUGCACGGAAGAAAACUCUAAAACAAUGCCCAACCUGGACUUCUACCAGAACAAGGAGCGCUUUGAGCCAAAUGGAUUGUGCAUUGAUGAUCUGCUCAGCGACUGGAAGGAGGAUUACCCCACACUAGAGCGGAACCAUUCUUACAUUCAGUGGCUGUUUCCAUUGCGAGAAUACGGGAUGAACUCAUAUGCCAAGCCCCUGACACUGAAUGAGAUUGCGAUGAUGAAGAAGGAUAAGGCUGUCAUGGCAAGGUUCCUCAAAGCAUACAGACUCAUGCUGCACUUCUAUGGUAUUAAACUCAUAAAUGAAGAGACAGGAGAAGUGAAGAAGGAAGCAAAUUGGGAGGAGAGAUUUAAGAACCUGAAUUAUCACAGCCACAACAAUCUGCGGAUCACUCGGAUCCUGAAGUGUUUAGGGGAGAUGGGCUAUGAUCACUUCCAGGCCCCUCUGGUCAAGUUUUUCCUGGAGGAGACUUUAGUGCAAAACAGAUUACCCAAUGUAAAAAGGAGCGUAUUAGACUAUUUCAUGUUUGCCGUGAAGAACAAGUACGAGCGCAGGAAACUAGUGCACUUUGCCUGGGAGAACUACAAACAAAAUAAUCACCAAGAAAGGUUUAUCUGGGGGCCAGUGGAGAAGCUCAAACAUUUCCACCCCUGGGAAGAGAAUGAAGUAAACAAUAGCUCUGAGGGGCCACAAGAUGGUGUAGGAAAGAAUCUAGAUUCCAAGCCUUACAAAAACUAUGAUAAGGGAAAGCAGUCUCUCAGCGUCCAUGGUGGCAGAGUCAGAGAUGAAAAGGUUAUGGUGAGUCAAUGUGACUCCAAGAUGGAAAAUGUUACUGCUAGUGAGUUGAUCCCUAUGGAAGACAGAGGAGUCUUACCAGAGAACAGUCCAAAUCAUAACACAGAUACCAGACCUAACCAAAGCACUCCACUUUUUAAAGAUGUUAACUCCAUCAUGGGUCAAAAGGAAGACAACACUGAGGAGAAGAAUGAUGCAAAGAAAGAAGUUGAGUAUGAAAAUGCCAAAGAAGACUCCAGUAAAGUCCAUAAGGAAGAAGUCAUUAGGAAGAGCAAGCAAGACCAAGAAGGUGGGUUAGAGGUCAAUGGACCCUCCAGCCAAAACAUUGACAACAAGCGUAUCCAAGGAGAUCACCGGAAAAGAAAGAUGCCUGACAGUAGUACCGUAAACCUUACAGCUGACGACUCUACGGCUGCAGACUGCACCCAGUCAUAUCAUUGUGCCAGUCCAUGUCUAUCAGAAGAAGAGGGAGGUCAAGUAGAUGGUGUAGAAGACAAGGUGAAGAAGCUCAAGCUGAAAGAAAAGCGGAACGCAAAUGAUCAUCCUUAUGGAACAGAAGAGGACAACCCCCUCGAUGAUGCCAGUUCAGGAGAGAAGGGCGAGAAUCUUUCUUUUCCAAACAUAGAAUUUACCUUUAAAUGACCAUUCCCAGGAUCUUCACACAGACGAGUAGUGAGACGGGAUCUCUUAUAGGUUCUAGAUUAGAAUCAAUUCAGGGCUGGGUUGUGGGACAGAGGCGGGUGAGCCUCUGCUAGGGGUACAGCCGACAUUUUCUACCCCUAAUGUAGACCAGCAAUUGUCCAGGUUCGUGGAAGAUCUUCAGGUUCCGUAAUGUUAUCCAUAGUCCCGUCCCAUCCUGUCACCUGACAGGGGAAGUGCUAAGAGAGUCAGGCUCCUGUCCGUCUUCUCUGCCGCCUUAACAGCACAUCCCGACAGGACAGACGGCGGCAACAAAAAAGUUUUUUUUUUUUUUCCCCAGUAUGAUCCAUGUUUCUAGACUGAAGAGCUAGCAACUUUUAUGACCCGCUUGCUCCUCACUUUUCUGACAGCAGAGACAAUGUGGAAUCGUUUUAUUUCUCUAUCGGUGCUAGUAGGUAAUUUUGCAGUCUUUUUUCAGUGACUUGCUAAACAAUGAAACGUUUCAUUUUAUUGGGGGAAAAAACGAAUUUCUAGCUAGAUAUACAACACAUUCAGAAGGUUUUCAGACCUUUUCAUUUUUUUCACAUUUUAAUGUGUUUUUGGCAUGUAGAUUAAAAUAAUUUUUUUUCUACUUUCAUCAUUCAUGCAUUCUACAUGCAGUACCCCAUAAAGUGAAAACAGAUUGUUAGAAAUCCUUGCUAAUAACUGAAAAAGCAUUGACAUGAGUAUUCAAACACUUUUCUUUGCAGAUCCAGGUUGGAUGGGGACCAUUGGUGGAAGCCAUUUAUGGGUCUGUUCAAAGAUGUUCUUUUGGGUUUAAGUCCAGCGUUUUGGCUGGGCCACACAAGGACAUUCACAGAGUUGUCCAUAAACCACUCCUGUGUUGUCUUGGCUGUGUGCUUAGACACUGAUUUAGAUGGUAAAUCUUCAGCCCAUUCUGGAGGUCCAAAACACUGGCUCAUUUUUCAUUAAGAAAAUGACUGUACUUUGCUCAGCUUUCCUUCAAACCUGACCAGUCUCCUUGUCCCAGCCACUGAAAAACACCCCCGCAGCAUGAUGCUGUCACCACCAUGCUUCACUGCAGGGAUGGGUAUUAGGCAGGUGAUAAGCAGUGAUGGUUGACCUUCUGGAAGCUUUUCCCAUCUGCACACAGGAUCUUUGGAGCUCAGACAGAGAGACAAUUGGGUUCUCUUGGAAGAGUCCUGAUUGUUCCAAACCUCUAUCAUUAAAAAUUUAUGGAGGCCACUGAACUUUCAGUGCAGCAGAAAUGUAUUUGUCACCUUCUCCAGGUCUUUGGCUUCACACAGUCCUGUCUCUGAGCUCUGUAGGCAGUUGUUUCCCCUCAUGGCUUGGUUUUUUGCUCUGAUAUGCAUUGUCAGCUGUGAGACCUUAUAUAGACAGGGCUGCGUCUUUCCAAAUCCUGUCCAAUCACCUUAUUUUUCCACAGGUGAUUUUGAGGUGUAGAAAUAUCUCAGAGAGAAAUGGGAAGGAGCCUAUCACUUGUCAUCGUAAAGGGUAUAAAUACUUAUGUCCAUGCAAAAUUUAUCAAAAAUCAAAAGUAAUCAAAAAAAAUCUUAAAUUCUAUUUUAACAUUCGUACAAGGUCUCAACAUAACAAAACCUGAAAAAGUAAAAGGGUUUGAAGCUUUCUAAAUGCAUUGUAUAUAGUAUCGUGACAGCAGAUAACUUGUUUUUCUUGUUUUGCCAGUUUCCGUGGCGUGAACUCGAGCAGUCCACUGCUCGCUUGUCUGACGGCAGCCAUAGUGUGCUUUUUUGACCUAAAAUAAAAAAAAAAAAAUGUCAUGGUUAGAUUUUUGAUGUUUGUGGGAAAAGCUGCUGGGUGACAACCAAUAUGG